AUGUUGGUGAGACUUCCAGGAGGAGGAGACCAUUGGCUCGCACUCACACAGGUACGGGGCAGUGCCCCGGUUCAUUGGGAACAGAAGUCCACCUCUGGAGUCACGGUGACGCGCGGCCGCUGCCUUGGAUCAGACGGGCUCGGGGGUCUUGUCUUUUUUCUAUCAAAAGAAAGGCGUCGACAGGCAUGCGGCUGGGUUUCGUCGUUUGUCGAUAUUGAGUCUGGUUCUAGGACGCCUUUCUCGUGGAGCUCCAUUUGA